AUGGUGUCUCCCUAUGCAGCCCUUGCUGGCCUGGGACUCCAUGUAGAAGAGGCUGAUGUAACCACAUGGAUCAUCUGGCCGUGCAGUUUGCCACUGUGUGCCAUGCUGUCUAAAUAUGAUUCCCCCAAUAGUCUGGGGGUGGAGCCCUCCCAUUCACCUCUGUCAAUCAACCUGAAGAGGAAGAGGGACUGGUUAUUAGAUUCCAAGGAUGAUGACCUGGCAGAGUUGCUUAUCCCUGAUCCUGAGCCUGUCUGGGUAGUGGAGUAUCUGUGUGGGCUCAAGAUGAAGUUGAAGAGGCAAUGUGUGUCACUGGUUCUCCCUGAGCACCAUGAGGUCUUCACCAAGCUACUAGAGGAUUCCGUGGUGAAAAGAUUCCUGGCCUGGGACAAGGACCUGAAGGUGUCUGAUAAGUACCUCCUGGCUAUGGUCAUAGCUUACUUCAGCCGUGCCGGACUCUUUGCCUGGCAAUACAGGCGGAUCCAUUUCUUCCUGGCUCUAUACCUGGCCAAUGACAUGGAGGAGGACAACCAGGCCCCUAAGCAGGACAUUUUUUACUUCCUCUAUGGGAAGAGUUACGCUCAGCGCCCUAUGUUCCACAAACUUCGCUUUCAGUUUGUUAGGUCCAUGGGCUGGAGGACGUGGGUGUCCCGAGAGGAGUGUGAAGAGAUCCAGGCUCACAACCCAGAGCUCUGGGUGUGGAAACGGGAUCGCGCCACCUUGCCCCAGAACUCCCGCACCAUCGAGGCCUAA